AUUUAGAUCAUAGAUUAGAAUACCACAACCAAGUUUGAGUUGUGAAUAUCCUUGAGAGAUAUGUGAGGUGUUUUUAGAGAGUUUUUAGUUAGAGCUUGUAUGUCUCUUCUUUCUAUUCUUGAAAGUAAUAGAAGUGUUUUUCUCUCAUAUAAGCACGAUCCUGUUAUUCCCAACAAGUGGUAUCAGAGCCUGGUUGAGCUUUUGAUAUUUUCCCCAGAUUUUUUUCAGAUAAAAUUCUACUGUCUGAAAAAUCGAGUUUUUCAGUAUUGCUCGGAAUUGCAAUCUGAAUAUACCGUUGGAUUUGUCUCGUCGAGACGAGAAAACUGGUAUUUUUGGGGAUUUUUUUGGCCACCGGAAGCUGCCGUACGCGCUGCCAAACGCCGGCCAAAAACUGCCUGCGUCAUGCUGACGUCAUCACGCGCAGACAGAGGUUGAAGACAGCUGACGUCAUCGCUGACGUCAUCAGCCAGCCAGAGCUGCGUCAGCGACACGUCAGCGCCACAUGUGCAGUCCCAGCACAGUCAGCCGCCACGUCACUAGUCAACUGCCAACUUUCACCAGCGCCCAGUCAGCUGCCACGUCAUCGCCCAGUCACCGCCAUGUCACUGCCACGUCAUCUGCCACGUCACCGGUCAGUUUGUAAUUUUGAAAAUUUGCAGUUUGGUCCCUCAAUUUUUGGAAAAUUAUAAUUUCCACCUAUAAUUUUUCGAAAAUUGUAUUUUGACCCCGAAAGUGCCUACCCACCACUUUCGGCCGUUCCGGACGCAACGGUGCUGCCCGUUUUUCGAAAUUCAGCUCCGAUUUUUUUGAAACAGAAAAUCAAAAUUAUUUAGAAGGUGAAAAUGACCUUUGACGAGUCAACUUCAUCUUCCGGAGCUAUGAUUAUGCUCACGGCUACCAACUACACGCUAUGGAAACCUCGGAUGGAAGAUUUCCUUAGUUGUAAAGACCUUUUUGAUCCAAUAGAGAUGAAAGGUAUUAAUUCUGAUCCGGCCAAGUCAACGGAGUGGAAGAAAAUUAAUAGAAAAACUAUUGGUCAAAUCCGACAAUGGAUUGACCAUAGUGUCUUCCACCAUGUUGCACAAGAAACCGAUGCUUAUGCCCUUUGGAAAAAGUUAGAAGAUAUGUACCAGGCCAAGACCGCUAGGAACAAGGCCCUACUGAUGAGGCGUCUUGUCAAUAUGAAGCUCAAAAGUGGAACUUCUGUUGCCGAACAUACUAGUCAAUUUCAGAGUCUGGUAAAUCAACUAUCUUGUGUAGAAAUGCCACUUGGAGAUGAAAUGCAAUCUCUACUGCUUCUUAGUUCCCUUCCUGAUAGUUGGGAGACACUAGUUGUUACUCUCAGCAACUCAGCCCCAGAUGGCAAACUUACCAUGUCUGUGGUCAAGGAUGCACUGUUCAAUGAGGAGGCAAGAAGGAAAGACAUGACCACAGAUGAGACUCAUGCCCUUGUGACAGAGAAUAGAGGAAGAUCACAAGGAAAACAACAAAGAAACAGUAGAGGGAAAUGGCAAAGCAGGGGCAAAAGUCGGGUGAGAUCAUCAGAUGGCCGGAAACCUUCUUAUACCUUCCACCAUUGCGGUAUAGAGGGUCACAUGAAGAAGAAUUGCUACAAAUUGCUAGAGGAGCGAACCAAGAGCAAUUCUCAAGCGAAGAGCAAGGGUGGUGAAGCGCUCAUCACAAUCUCAGGUGAUGUGGCGUAUUGUACUAUCAAUGAUGAAACAUGCCUUCACGUCUCAAGAGAGGACACUGAAUGGGUGGUAGAUACCGCAGCAUCCUACCAUGUUACUCCCCACAGGUACUACUUCACAACUUACAAAGCUGGAGACUUUGGAGCAAUGAAGAUGGGCAAUUCCAGUUCAUCUGAAAUAGCUAGAAUUGGUGAUGUACAAAUAAAGACGAGUUCUGGGAGCACAAUCACUUUGAAGGAUGUCAGACAUGUUCCAGACCUUCGUCUCAAUCUCCUGUCAGUGGUAUGUCUUGACGAACAGGGGUAUGAAAACCACUUUAACAGGGGCACCUGGAAAAUGUCAAAUGGCGUUUUGACAAUCGCUCGAGGACAUGUUUGUGGCACAUUGUACAAAACCCAUUUGAGGAUUUGUACGGAUAGCCUCAACAUUGCUGAGGAGACUUCUCAUAAUCUAUGGCACCUGAGACUCAGCCACAUCGGUGAGAAAGGGCUGACUACCUUGAUCAAGAAGAACCUUAUCAACAUAGACAAGAAUGCUGCACUGGGUCCUUGCAAUCAUUGUCUGUUUGGUAAGCAUCAUAGAGUAUCAUUUAGUUCUACUUCAGCUAAAAGAUCAGAGUUGUUAAGUUUGGUACACUCCGACGUCUGUGGUCCUUUCGAGGUGGAAUCAAUCGGUGGAAGCAGAUAUUUUCUGACUUUUAUUGAUGAUGCUUCUCGGAAAGUGUGGGUGUAUUUCCUGAUUACGAAAGAUCAGGUAUUUGAGUGCUUCAAGACAUUUCACGUCUUGGUGGAACGUGAAACGGGAAAGAAGCUGAAAUGUCUCCGAUCUGAUAAUGGAGGCGAGUAUACUUCUAAGGCGUUCGAUGCAUAUUGUAGAGAAUAUGGCAUUCGACAUGAGAAGACAGUACCACGCACCCCUCAGCACAACGGCGUUGCUGAAAGAAUGAACCGGACUAUCAUGGAGCGUGUCCGGAGCAUGCUGAAUAUGGCUAAGCUUCCGAAGUCAUUCUGGGCAGAAGCAGUCAACACCGCAUGCUACCUUAUCAAUCGAUCACCUUCGGUACCACUGAACUUUGAAGUUCCAAAGAGGUUAUGGACAGAUAAGGAUCCUACAUACUCACAUCUUAGAGUAUUGGCUGUUCAUCAUAUGCACAUGUAUCCAAAGAGCUCAGGCAGAAGCUCGAUGCAAGAACUAUCCCAUGCAUUUUCGUUGGCUAUGGAAAUGAAGAGUUUGGAUACAGGCUAUGGGAUCCUAAGGAGAAAAAGGUGUUCAGAAGUAGGGAUGUUGUGUUCCACGAAGAUUUGACAAUAGAAGACAUUGAAAAACCCACAAUGUCUCGGAAGUCAAAUGAGGGUGUUCAAGUUUCAAAUGAAGCACCAGAAGAGGACAAAGUGCAUGAAGAUAACUCAGAAACAGAAGAAGGCGAGGAGACAGAAGAGAGUGCAGAGCAAGGGGAGACACAAUCCACCCCGCCAGACACAGAUGAUGGUAGCUCUUCUCAGAUGGUCCCUACUGUUCGUAGAUCUGAACGAGGGCAUAUACCAUCGACAAGGUACACAUCAUCUGAAUAUCUUUUGUUAACUGAAGAUGGAGAACCAGAGAGUUUUCAAGAAGCUGUAUCUCAUAAGGAUAAAGAAAAAUGGCUAAUAGCAAUGCAGGAUGAGUUAGAAUCUUUGCAGAAAAAUCAAACUUAUGAGAUCGUAGAACUUCCUAAAGGGAAGAAGGCACUAAGGAACAAAUGGGUGUUCAAGCUGAAGAAGGAUGCAAGCGGACAAGUGGUGAAACACAAAGCUCGGUUGGUUGUCAAAGGGUUCCAGCAAAAGAAAGGAAUUGACUUUGAUGAGAUCUUUGCACCAGUUGUCAAGAUGACCUCAAUCCGAGUUAUACUUGGCUUGGCAGCAAGUAUGAACUUGGAGCUUGAACAGAUGGAUGUGAAGACAGCAUUUCUUCACGGAGAUUUGAAAGAAGAAAUCUACAUGCAGCAGCCGAAAGGUUUUGAGAACUCAAAUGAUAACUUUGUGUGUAAGUUAUCUAAAAGUUUGUAUGGCUUGAAGCAAGCACCAAGGCAGUGGAAUAAGAAGUUUGACUCAUGCAUGAAGAGUCAAGGCUACAAGAAGACUACUGCAGAUGAGUGUGUAUACAUCAAGAAACUUCCAGACGGUACCUUCAUUGCUCUUCUACUAUAUGUAGACGACAUGUUGAUCGUUGGGAAAGAUGCAGUGAAGAUAAACCAACUGAAGAAAGAACUCUCUAAGUCUUUUGAUAUGAAAGACUUAGGACCGGCUCAACAGAUUCUUGGGAUGCAGAUCACUCGAGACAGGAAGAAUCGCAAGUUAUGGCUAUCUCAGGAGAAGUACAUUGAACGAGUACUUGAGAGAUUCAACAUGAAUGAUGCCAAGCCAGUAAGUGUUCCACUUGCGAAUCACUUCAAGUUGAGCAAAAGAACAUGCCCUACAUCCAAGGAAGAGAUCGGGGAGAUGUCAGCAGUUCCAUAUUCUUCAGCAGUUGGGAGUUUGAUGUACGCCAUGGUAUGCACAAGGCCAGACAUCGCAUAGGCGGUGGGUACAGUGAGUCGUUUUCUCUCUAACCCCGGGAAGGAGCAUUGGGAGGCAGUCAAAUGGAUUCUCAGGUACUUGAAAGGUACCACGAAGUUAUGUCUUUGUUACGGAGGAGCUGAUCCAGUCUUGGAAGGCUACACAGAUGCUGAUAUGGCAGGAGAUACUGAUAGUAGAAAGUCUACUUCAGGAUAUAUCUACACUUUUACAGGUGGAGCCGUUUCUUGGCAAUCAAGAUUGCAGAAGUGUGUCGCUUUAUCUACUACAGAAGCAGAAUACAUUGCUGCCGCUGAAGCAGGUAAGGAAAUGUUGUGGCUAAAGCGCUUUCUCCAAGAACUUGGGAUCCAGCAGAAAGAGUACAAGGUACAUUGUGACAGUCAGAGUGCUCUAGACUUGAGCAAGAACUCUAUGUACCAUUCUUGAACAAAGCAUAUUGACAUUCGGUAUCACUGGAUACGGGAGACGAUUGAUCAACAACUGUUGAGACUAGUGAAGAUCAAUACAAAUAAAGGAGAAUCCAUCAGACAUGCUGACGAAGGUGGUGACACGAGAUAAGCUAGAGCUGUGCAGAGACAUAGUCGGGAUGCUUGUUUUGAAUAUGCCUGGAAGGGGAGAAUUGAAGAAUUCAAUUUCCAGGUCAUAUCCAAGUACAAGCAAAUUGAAGAAUCCAAUUAUGAGCAACAUCCAUGAAACUUCCUCCAUGUGCAAGUAUGUCUCUGGGAAGUUUCCUCACACCAAGCAACAACCUUCCUCACACCUCCAUUGAAGCUUCUCCUAAGCUUCCACCCAUCUUCCUCCCACCUUCUUAGUACCUAGUUUUGGUGCUAUAAAUAGAGAGUUUGGAGAGUCUUUCUAUCAUCAAGCAAUUUAGAUCAUACAUUAGAAUACCACAACCAAGUUUGAGUUGUGAAUAUCCUUGAGAGAUAUGUGAGGUGUUUUUAGAGAGUUUUUAGUUAGAGCUUGUAUGUCUCUUCUUUCUAUUCUUGAAAGUAAUAGAAGUGUUUUUCUCUCAUAUAAGCACGAUCCUGUUAUUCCCAACGAGGAGUAUUUAUUAUAGACCAUUCUGUAACAAAUACGGAGUAUUUGUUACUGACGGAGCCAGAUGGCCCGGAAUCCCCAGAUCCAAUUCCGAUCCAUAAGGCUGCCUGCAACCCACAUUAAUAACCCAAUUUGAACCUAUUCAACCCAAUAAAAACUGCAACGUAUGUAUUUUAGGGUGUUAUUAUAUAGGUGGAUGCAUGGCACCCCUGGCCGUGGGAAUUGGUAGGAUUAUUGACGGAGAGGAGUGCAGCCGGUCCCAGGUGUCAGCUACUCAGCCAUGCCAUCAGUUGUCCGCAACACUUCACACUUAAUUAAUGUUUCUUAGUACUCCCUCCGUCCCCUUUUAAAUGUCCCGUUUUACCAUAUUGGGAUGUCCCUAUUUAAUUGCCCCAUACCUUAUUUGGUAAACUUUGUGUGGCUCAAAAUCAUUCUUACUUUAUUCUUACUUUAUCAAUUAAUAUCAACCACACAAACUCACUUUUCUUAAAACACGUGCCACCAUCUCCCGUCCCAUUUAAAAGGGGA